CAAGAUGGCGGCGCCCAUGGCGGGCCCGGGCCCGGGGCCGCUCCCGGUGCUUCGCAUCGUGGCCGAGUGCGGGCGGAGCCGCGCCCGGGCCGGGGAGCUGCGGCUGCCGCGGGGCACCGUGCCCUGCCCCGUCUUCAUGCCCGUGGGCACCCGCGGCACCGCCAAGGGCCUCACGGCCGCGCAGCUGGCGGCGCUCGGCUGCCGCAUCUGCCUCGGCAACACCUUCCAUCUGGGCACGAGGCCGGGCCCGGAGCUGAUCCGACGUGCCGGGGGUCUGCACCAAUUCAUGGACUGGCCCCACAAUCUGCUGACGGACAGCGGGGGGUUCCAGAUGGUGUCCCUGGCGCAGCUCUCGGAGGUGUCGGAGGAGGGGGUUCUGUUCCGACCCCCCCACGGCGGGGACGAGAUCCUGCUGAGCCCGGAGAGAUCCAUGGAGAUCCAGAACGCCCUGGGCGCCGAUAUCGCGAUGCAGUUGGACGACGUCGUGAGCAGCACCACGACGGGGCCGCGGGUGGAGGAGGCCAUGGACAGGUCGGUGAGGUGGCUGGACCGCUGCGUGGCCGCUCACGGGCGCCCCGAGGAGCAGCUGCUCUUCGCCAUCGUCCAGGGGGGGCUGGAGCCCUCCCUGCGCCAGCGCUGCAUCCAAGCCAUGACCCAGCGGGACGUGCCGGGCUUUGCCAUCGGGGGCCUGAGCGGGGGCGAGGACAAGGCGCGGUUCUGGCGCGCGGUGAAGUUCAGCGCCGAGCGCCUGCCCCGGGACAAGCCCCGCUACCUCAUGGGCGUUGGCUACGCCACCGACCUGGUGGUUUGUGUGGCGCUGGGCUGCGACAUGUUCGACUGCGUCUUCCCCACCCGGACCGCGCGUUUCGGCUCCGCCCUGGUCCCCUGGGGGUCCCUGCAGCUGAAAAACCGACGCUUCGCCAAAGAUUUCCGCCCCAUCGACGAGAACUGCGCCUGCCCCACGUGCCAGAGGCACUCCCGGGCGUACCUGCACGCGCUGCUGCGCUCCGAGACGGCCGCGCUGCACCUGCUCACCCUGCACAACCUCGCCUACCAGAUGAAGCUGAUGGGCUCCAUCCGGGAGAGCAUCCUGAGGCAGCGCUUCCCGGAGUUCGUGCGGGAGUUCAUGGACACCAUGUACGGGGAGAGGGGGGCCCCCUGGGUCAGGGAGGCUCUGGCCUCUGUGGGCAUCACCCUGGACUGACAGGGACCCCCCAAUCCCUGGGGGGACCCCCAGACCCCUCUGUGCCCCCCCAAUCCCUGGGGGGACCCCCAGACCCCUCUGCGCCCCCCCAAUCCCAGGGGAACCCCCAGAUCCCCUUUAUGCCCCCCUGUGCCUCCCAACUCCCAGGAGGCCCCCCAUCUCCCCUCUGUUUUCCACCUCCCCUCUCUUUUCUGUUCCCCUCUCUGUGUAUUUUUGUAC